UACAAUCUUGACUUUGUAGUACUGCCAAUGACACAUGCUAAAUAGAAAACAAUUUUAAAAUAAAAACUAUUUUUGUUGAUAUUGUCAAAGAAAUAUCUUGUCGUUAAAUUCCUUGAUGAAGAUAAUUCGUUUCAAGAGGUUCCAACAAUAUGGCUUACAUAUGAAAACACUCAAUUAUUUUGCUACAUAAAUACUUUUAGUUCAAUUUACUAAAUGAAAUGAAAAAAAUAUUACUAAUAACUUUAAUAUUCUUAGAGUGCUAUGAAGAGGCUCGAGAUGCAGCAGACAAAUCUUCUGUAGAAGUUGACGACAAAGAGGAGGAUGAUUGCCGUCGCAGAGUAAUAAAACCACCAUCUCGUUACACUGAAGAUUUCGUUUCUGAUUGUGAAAUUCCUCCAAAUAAUAACAAUAAUUUUGACAGUGAAAAUUUGUCAAUUGAAGAUUUAAACAAAUCUAACUCAGAUGAAAAAUUAAAAGAUAAUGAUGUUAACUUAGCUGAAAAAGUUGUAACACUUGUCAAUGAAGAAGUGCUAAACGUAGCAGAUGUUAACAAAAAUAAAUCAAGUGAUCUUCAUAAUCCAGAAUCUGAGAAUGAUAAUAAUGAUCCGGAUGUACUUUUGAAUAAUGGAAAUAACCAGAAUGAUUUAUUAAAAAUUAAUACUGACUAACGUAUUUUGAAACAGCGAUUACAUGAUGGCAUUGACAAAGAGAAUUUCAUUUUAGACCUAUCCGAUUUUGAAGAAAAUGAAAAUCUAUCAGAUUAUUUCAUGUCAAUUGAAAGAAUAUUAACAACUAUAAAUUUAUAUCUUAAAAGUAUUGAAGAUCGUUUGCAAAUUUUGGAACGUGUUCAUCUUGAACAAACAGCACCAAAACCUUUAUCUCUUGACUUAAUCAAUUCAAAGUUACCACUACAACAAGUUGGAGAAAUUACGGAAUUUGAGAAUCUAUUGUUAAAAAAUGAAGAUGCAGUAAAACAAUUCAAAUACAUUGUUUCAAUUGCCGGUGGUAAUUCUCAUAAAGAUACAGUUGCACGAGUUCUGACAAAAGUGUUUACGAAUACUUGUGCAGAAUUAUGUUCCUGGGCAGGACAACAGGGUAAUUUCGCCGUUCAGAAAUUGCAUCUCAUAGUACUUACUAGAGAUACCUUAUAUUAUACGUCAACUAUGCAGGAAGCAGAGUUCGAGGCAAACGUUAAAGAAUGGUUUAGACUUGCUGGUCAAAGAAAACGACGGGAGAAAACUGCUCUUCACUAAAUUUAAAAUUUUCUUAAGUACUUAAUAAUUCAAUUUAAAUACUACGUUUGUUAAAAUUUUUUAUUAAAAUAAUAUUAUCUUUUACGUAUUGUUAUC